AUGCUGAUGCUGUUUGGCGCUGAUGAUUCUCAUGUUGUGUAUGCUGCUGCUGCUGCUGCUGAUACUGCUGCUCCUGUUCCUGCUGAUGCUGCGACUGAUUCUGCUGUUUAUGUUGCUGAGGCUGCUUUUUUUAAGGUGAGGCUCAGUUGCCUGGCUCGCCGCAGAGUUGGUAUUGACGGGAGAACAGUUGCUAAUGACGGGAAAACAGUUGCUAAUGACCGGAGAACAGUUGCUAAUGAGCGGAGAACAGUUGCUAAUGAGCGGAGAACAGUUGUUAAUGACCGGAGAACAGUUGCUAAUGACUGGAGAACAGUUGCUAAUGGCAGGAGAACAGUUGCUAAUGACGGGAGAACAGUUGCUAAUGACGGGAGAACAGUUGCUAAUGACGGGAGAACAGUUGCUAAUGACGGGAGAACAGUUGCUAAUGACGGGAGAACAGUUGCUAAUGACGGGAGAACAGUUGCUAAUGACCGGAGAACACUUGCUAAUGACCGGAGAACACUUGCUAAUGACCGGAGAACACUUGCUAAUGACCGGAGAACACUUGCUAAUGACCGGAGAACACUUGCUAAUGACCGGAGAACACUUGCUAAUGACCGGAGAACACUUGCUAACGACCGGAGAACACUUGCUAACGACCGGAGAACACUUGCUAAUGACCGGAGAACACUUGCUAAUGACCGGAGAACACUUGCUAAUGACCGGAGAACACUUGCUAACGACGGGAGAACACUUGCUAACGACGGGAGAACACUUGCUAACGACCGGAGAACACUUGCUAACGACCGGAGAACAGUUGCUAAUGAGCGGAGAACACUUGCUAAUGACCGGAGAACACUUGCUAAUGAGCAGGAGCAGCGGCAACAACAGCAGUGGCAACAGCAGCGGCAACAACAGCAGUGGCAACAGCAGCGGCAACAACAGCAGUGGCAACAGCAGCGGCAACAACAGCAGCGGCAACAACAGCAGCGGCAGCAACAGCAGUGGCAACAGCAGUGGCAACAGCAGCGGCAACAACAGCAGUGGCAACAGCAGCGGCAACAACAGCAGCGGCAGCAACAGCAGUGGCAACAGCAGUGGCAACAGCAGCGGCAACAGCAGCGGCAACAACAGCGGCAACAACAGCAGUGGCAACAACAGCGGCAACAGCAGCGGCAACAGCAGUGGCAACAGCAGCGGCAACAACAGCGGCAACAACAGUGGCAACAACAGCAGUGGCAACAGCAGCGGCAACAACAGCAGUGGCAACAACAGCGGCAACAACAGCAGCGGCAACAACAGUGGCAACAACAGCAGUGGCAACAGCAGCGGCAACAACAGCAGUGGCAACAACAGCGGCAACAGCAGCGGCAACAACAGCAGUGGCAACAACAGCGCAGUGGCAACAACAGCGGCAACAACAGCAGUGGCAACAGCAGCGGCAACAACAGCAGUGGCAACAACAGCGGCAACAACAGCAGUGGCAACAACAGCAGUGGCAACAGCAGCGGCAACAGCAGUGGCAACAGCAGCGGCAACAGCAGGGGUAACAGCAGCGGCAGCAACAGCAGCGACAACAGCAGCGGCAACAACAGCGGCAACAACAGUGGCAACAACUGCAGUGGCAACAACAACAGUGGCAACAACAGCGGCAACAACAGCAGCGGCAACAACAGCAGUGGCAACAACAGUGGCAACAACAGCAGUGGCAACAGCAGCAGCAACAGCAGCGGCAACAGCAGGGACAACAUCUACCGAAGCUGCAACAAAUUCAUCUUGCAGGAAUAUGAUAAUUGA